AUGACCAACCGUUCGCUUUGGCAAAGGCAUAAGAACAAAGUGCUUUUCUCAUCAGCCACUCUGGCUUUUAUAUUCAGUACAGGUGCGGUCUCUCUAUACUUGAUUAAAAAGUGGCUGUGGAGGCAGCAAUUGAAACUCAACGAGCAGCAAUUCGUCAAGGAACAAAUCAAGCGCAGAUUCAACCAAACACAACAAGAUGCCCUAUACACGAUCUAUGAGUUGGUGCCAGUGCUGUCACUCGUUUUGACGAAGGAUCUGGAUGUCGAGGAAAUCGUGGCGUCUUUAAAGGGCAAGAAGCUGUCCAGGAGACUGUCACACGGGGCCAAGGGUACAGAGCACGAUGGGCUCUCUUCAGGAAUGAGCACGAGCAUAUCAGAGGCCGUCAAAUCAUCGGGGGACCCCUCUCACUCCGAGGACAAGAAAACUAAAGCUGAAUUGUGGAACGACUUGAAGCUCAAGUCCCUUACAAAGCUUUGCACUGUAAUUUAUAGUGUUUCUUCUCUCUUGUUAUUGACGAGAUUGCAGCUGAACAUACUCGCAAGGCGGGAAUAUUUGGAAACAGCGGUUAAAACUGCAGUCGAAAAGGAGUCUGCUGUACAAACCUCCCUUACAUCUUGGAUAACUAGUUUUUGGCAACAUGAAUCCCAAGCCCCCACUUUUAGCCAAGGUGUUGAUAAUAACAGCAUCCAUAUAUCGGAGGAUGCACGCAAAGCUCGGAGAUCCAGCUAUAUCAAUGAGCAGGCAUUUUUGUCUUUUUCCUGGUGGCUCCUCAACAGAGGAUGGCUCCAGUACAAGGCAUUAGCCGAGAAAUUGGUUUUGCGCGAGUUCGGGCAACUCAAUCCUCGCGACACUCUCACGGUCGAGGAGUUUGGAGAGAGGCUAUCGCGAGUUCUACACGCUAUUAAUCAAGAAGUUCUUUCACAUGCUGCGCCCCAAAGUGCUUCGACGGCAGGCAAACAGCCUUUGCAACAAAUCCUGCUGCCAGAGUCUAACCUUCAGCAAUUUGUCUUGCAGCAAACGCUCGAUUCAGAUGCUUUAAAACUGUUGUAUGACGACAAUGCCGUGCUGCAUCAACUUUUGAACGAAACGAGUAACUGUGUUGAAUCCACAGCGUCCUUGAUUGUCUUAGAAAGCUUAAUCAAUGAUGCAUUUCAGUUUACCAUGCUCCACGUCGAGGAAAACGUUUCCAAAAAGAAUAAAUCUAAGAGCUCAGCCGAAGCCUCCUCUUCAGAAAACGCAACCGCUCCUGCUGCGCCCUUAGCAGAUGAAACUAAACAUCAGAUGGCCUUAUUUUCGGUUUCCUGUAAAAAUUGCUGUGAUGAAAUGUUGAAAAGUGGUGUUGUAUCUAUGAAUAACGUGUUUUUGCAGAGGCUAGAUUCAAUCCCAGAGCUUGAUGACCUCAGUGCGAGCGUUUACAGUAAUUUUGGUUUCUAG